UUCAAUGCUAACAUGUUACCUUUUCGAAAAAAUCGCAGCACGCUCAAUAGUUGAAUACAAAAGUCGCGUAGAACGGUCGUAACACGCGCAUAAAUCGGUUUAAAUCUCUGCGAACGCCAAGAUUAAUUCAGUUGCGUUUCGGAUUUCGUGCAGAGUUGUCUGCGAGUUUAUUAAAAGUGUUCAAAAACAAACAAUGGCAUUUCCCACACUUCAGGUAUUUACGCUUGUUACAAUUCUAUCAUUAGUGUGUGGAAGACCAGAAUCACUGCCUGAAUCUGCUAAAAAUGUAAAUGCGCUUAACACCAAUGAAGACAGCGAUAAAACUGCCACAAUUACAUUCAGCGAAAAUGAACGUGAUUACCAAAACAACUAUAAAUACAAGUUUGAAACAAGUAACGGUAUAACCCGUGCAGAAACCGGCGACUUCGAGGCGAUAACAUUCGACACAGGUUAUUCCGACGUAAAAGGCUACUACUCCUACGUAGCUCCGGAUGGAAUCCGCUACACGGUGACUUACAUCGCCGAUCACAAUGGCUUCCAGCCGAAAUUGCACAAGAGCGCCCCCAAUCAACUUCCCUCCGCCGCGGCGGCCAUUACAGGUGGCAUUGUUAUCGACGGCAUAGACGAUGAUCGCAUUGGCAGCAAAUUGUUGCUCACUCUUGGCGGUGGCGGCUUUGGAUAAUUUUUUAAUCGUAUAUCAAUGUAACAUCAAUGCUGAUGUAAUUAUAUAACAAUUCGUAUUACGAGAAUAAACAUGAAUGGAUUGCGAUAAAA